UAGCGAAGUAGAUCAGUUUGGAGACAAAAGCUGACCCAGGAUACAACUGAACUACUUAUGUUUGAUAAGGAAAAACACAAAACAUAACAAGAAGUUGGCCAUGGAAGACUCAAAGAUACAGCAGCAACUGAUAAUCGAAGAAUGGAGCGGAUCUUCUUCUACCAAGCUUUUCAAAACUGCCAGUAUCACUGCCUCCUCUUCUUUCUCCAUUACCAGAUCGGCUGAUCGUUUCAACCAUGUCUGGAGACGAUUCCUCGAUGCAUUUGUUCCCGAGGGUUUCCCAGGCAGUGUGACUCCAGAUUAUGUCCCUUUUCAAGUAUGGGACUCUUUGCAGGGACUUUCAACAUACAUAAGAACAAUGCUUUCUACCCAAGCACUUUUGAGCGCAAUUGGAGUUGGUGAGAAAUCAGCAACUAUUAUUGGUGCAACUUUUCAGUGGUUCUUGAGAGAUCUAACAGGAAUGCUUGGAGGCAUCUUGUUCACAUUUUAUCAGGGCUCAAAUCUUGACAGCAAUGCUAAAAUGUGGCGUUUGGUCGCAGAUCUCAUGAAUGAUUUAGGAAUGUUGAUGGAUCUUCUUUCUCCUUUGUUUCCUUCUGCUUUUCUUUUCAUUGUUUGCUUGGGGAGCUUGUCAAGAUCAUUCACUGGUGUUGCCAGUGGAGCAACCAGAGCUGCUUUGACGCAGCAUUUUGCCCUCCAAAAUAAUGCAGCAGAUAUAUCUGCCAAGGAAGGAAGCCAAGAGACAAUGGCAACAAUGAUUGGCAUGGCAUUGGGAAUGCUUGUUGCACGCAUUACUACGGAAAAUCCACUAGCUAUUUGGUUUUCUUUUCUCUCUCUGACCAUGUUCCAUAUGUAUGCAAAUUACAAAGCUGUCCGGUGCCUUGCUUUAGAUUCACUGAACUUUGAGAGGAGCUCAAUUCUUCUACAACAUUUCAUAGAAACUGGCCAAGUUCUCUCUCCUAAACAGGUCUCAACUAUGGAGCAUGUUUUGCCCUUAUGGACCACUUUAAGGUUGUCAAAGAGUGCUAAGUUCCUGCACACACGUGUAAAACUAGGGUUAAGGGUUUCCUCUCUUGAUCAUCCAAAAAUGGCCAACCUUCUGAAUUCAGCUGGAUCAUUUUAUAAGAAAGCUAAGUAUUUCCUGGUGGAGAGGAAGGGAAUCAUCAGUGUCAUCACGCACAAAGAUUCAACAGCUGCAGAUAUCUUGAAGUCAUAUAUUCAUGCGCUUGUUAUGGCCAAUCUCAUGGAUGAAAAAAGAUCUCUACAUUUGGAGAGCCAAUCAUGGAUGGAUAAGCAGUAUGAAAAUUUUGUUCAGAAGCUAAAGUCCUCAGGUUGGAAAACACAAAGGCUUCUCUCUCCCUCAAUCAUCUGGAAGGCACACUGGUACAUUGAGUCAUUGGGUGAAAAAACUGACUAGGUAUCUUCUGUCUGUCUCUCGAGAAUGGUUAGAGUACAUGUCAUUGAUGGCUGUCCUAUUGGAGUAAAUUAGAGAAAAAUGAAGUAGACUGAACUCAGUUUGAGAAGAUAACAACAUCACCUUCUCAUCCACUGCUUCUGUGGUGCAAAUAAAAGGACCAGGUUUAAACUGUGUUCAGAGUAUGGAAUCCAGCGGAGGAAGUUUCAGAUCCAAUUACAGGUGGUUAAGGGUACCAGUUGGAAGCACAAAAAUCACUUAAUUAUUAUGCUUUGUGUAUUAAGUAUAAAUUACCAAAGUUCAACCAUUUAAUUGAAACUUAUUUUGGUUUUGCUUA